GUGCUCAUCAAACAGGGAGAGAGGAUACUAUCUAACUAUGCUGUCAAUUGUGAAUGCCCCAUCAAGCAAAAUUAGCAAAUGAAGAGAAUCGAUCCCGCAAUUCUUUGAUUCUUCAAGAAUUCUUGAAUUUGCUCUUUAACUCUUCACAGUUUUUUGUUUCUUGGUCUUAUCACAGCCACACACACACAUAUACAGAGUGGCAUUUCACAUUGGCUUUUUGUUUGAGAACUCAAAUGAGAACAGCCCACCUCAGAACAAUAUAGAAAGAAAAGGCAGAGAGAAUCAAACCCUCCAUUUCUUUGCAUGAACUUACAGUAAAGUUGAAUUCUUUUCGGGGAAAGAAGAGUGACGUUGGUAUAUGUCUCGGUAAUCUGUACUCUUUAUUUGGCUUCUUGAAGUUCUGGUGUUGUUGAACUACACACACACACACACAUAUACAGCAAUACAUAUAUCGAUGGCUCUCUGCACAUUUGCCGUUCCUGGGAAUUUGAGCAGCGGAGUAGUGGGUGCAGAUGCUAAAAAACAGACCAGUUUAGGCUCUCAGUGGCUACGUGGGUCGGAUCUACAGCCUCACUCUUUCUCCAAGAAUAAUCAGAUAAGGAAAAGGUCAACUGGAGUUUGUGCAUCAUUGACAGAAAGAGGGGAGUAUUUUUCGCAGAAGCCUCCAACUCCUCUCUUGGACACUAUCAACUAUCCAAUUCAUAUGAAGAAUCUCUCCACAAAGGAACUGAAACAACUUGCUGAUGAAUUGCGAUCCGAUGUUAUCUUCAAUGUCUCCAAGACUGGGGGUCAUCUUGGUUCAAGCCUCGGCGUUAUUGAGCUAACCGUGGCUCUUCAUUAUGUUUUCAAUGCUCCCCAAGAUAGAAUACUCUGGGAUGUUGGCCACCAGUCUUAUCCACAUAAAAUUUUGACUGGAAGAAGAGACAAGAUGGCAACUUUACGACAGACAGAUGGUCUUUCUGGUUUUACUAAGCGAUCUGAGAGUGACUAUGAUUGCUUUGGUGCUGGUCACAGUUCUACAACUAUCUCUGCAGGAUUAGGAAUGGCUGUGGGGAGAGAUCUCAAAGGAAGAAAGAAUAACGUCGUGGCUGUUAUAGGUGAUGGUGCUAUGACAGCAGGUCAGGCAUAUGAAGCAAUGAACAAUGCCGGCUACCUGGACUCUGAUAUGAUUGUUAUUCUUAAUGACAACAAGCAAGUUUCUUUACCCACUGCUAAUCUAGAUGGUCCAAUUCCUCCUGUUGGAGCCUUGAGUAGUGCGUUGAGCAGGUUGCAGUCCAAUCGGCCACUCAGAGAAUUAAGAGAAGUUGCUAAGGGAGUUACUAAGCAGAUUGGAGGGCCGAUGCAUGAGCUUGCAGCAAAAGUGGAUGAAUAUGCUCGAGGGAUGAUAAGUGGUUCAGGAUCAACACUUUUUGAAGAGCUAGGACUUUAUUAUAUUGGUCCAGUUGAUGGCCACAAUAUUGAUGAUCUUACAGCAAUUCUUAAAGAAGUCAAGAGUACUAAAACAACAGGUCCCGUGUUGAUCCACGUUGUGACUGAGAAAGGCAGAGGAUAUCCAUAUGCUGAAAAAGCUGCAGACAAAUACCAUGGCGUAACCAAGUUUGAUCCCGCAACAGGAAAGCAAUUUAAAUCCAAUGCCCCAACUCAGUCUUACACAACUUACUUCGCUGAGGCUUUGAUAGCAGAAGCCGAAGCAGACAAGGAUAUCGUUGCAAUCCAUGCUGCAAUGGGAGGUGGAACGGGUUUGAACCUUUUCCAACGCCGUUUUCCAACAAGGUGUUUUGAUGUUGGGAUAGCAGAACAGCAUGCUGUAACUUUUGCCGCAGGUUUGGCAUGUGAAGGCAUCAAACCUUUUUGUGCAAUCUACUCAUCUUUCAUGCAAAGAGCUUAUGAUCAGGUAGUGCAUGAUGUUGAUUUGCAGAAGCUGCCAGUGAGGUUUGCAAUGGAUAGAGCGGGCUUAGUUGGAGCAGAUGGUCCAACACAUUGUGGUGCGUUCGAUGUUACUUUUAUGGCAUGCCUUCCGAACAUGGUGGUGAUGGCUCCUUCAGAUGAAGCUGAACUAUUUCACAUGGUUGCUACUGCUGCUGCUAUAGACGACCGGCCAAGCUGUUUCCGUUAUCCAAGAGGCAAUGGGAUAGGCAUGGAGCUUCCACCGGGAAACAAAGGCAUUCCCCUUGAGAUUGGGAAGGGUCGUAUACUGAAGGAAGGGGAGAGGGUGGCUCUCUUGGGCUAUGGAACAGCUGUUCAGAGCUGUCUGGCCGCUGCUGCCUUGGUAGAGCCCCAUGGUUUACGUUUGACAGUAGCUGAUGCUCGCUUUUGCAAGCCACUAGAUCAGGCACUUAUACGCAGCUUGGCCAAAUCACAUGAGGUCUUAAUCACCGUGGAAGAAGGGUCUAUUGGUGGUUUUGGAUCUCAUGUAGCUCAUUUUAUGGCCCUGGAUGGGCUUCUUGAUGGAAAGUUAAAGUGGAGGCCACUGGUUCUUCCUGAUCGGUACAUUGACCAUGGAUCCCCAGCUGAUCAACUGAUGCAAGCAGGAUUGUCGCCUUCUCAUAUCGCCGCAACAGUUUUUAAUAUACUUGGACAAGCUAGGGAAGCUCUACAGAUUAUGUCCUAGAUGCUAGAAAUUUUGUACAAAGUUAUGUACUCAAAAACUUGCCUUCCAUUAUGGACUGUAAAAUUUAGUCUUAGAUUGAGCUCUGAUUAUAAUCAGGUUGCAGCUCUAGUAUAUCAAAGUAUUGACGACCCUCAGUAAUGAUAAUACAAAGAUGGCAUGAUUUGCAUAAGGCCCUAGGCAAA